GUGCCCGUGACUCUGGCAAUGUCAAGUAUGAACAGCGGAGGAGGGCAUCAUCACCAGUUCCAGCAGCAGCAGCAGCAGCAACACCAGCCCCAGCAUCACCAACCACAGCAUCACCAAGCACAGCAUCAGCAGCAGCAUCAGGCCGUCCAUAUCCAUGCCCAUGCCCAUGCCAGAGGCCCUUCAUCAAUGAUGUGUGCCACACCCACCCAACCUCACCACACACACCACCUCAACACCAGCCAUGUGCAGACGUCUCCGCACCAGAUGAGUGGUGCCAGUGGCGGCACAUACGGCAAUGUUCCACGCCUCCACCACUGCAAUGUGCACUCCUUCCUUUGUUCCAAUCCACCUCUCCAUCAUCAGUACCAGGUCAACUUCCAGAUGAACGGAGGAUGCCUUGGGCCCCAGCACCACUACGCGCCUAUGGUGCCCCCGGGGCAUCACGCGGCCGGCCCUCUGCUGGCCCCACCUGGAACCCCCCAGCUGAUGGCUGCCACCCCUCAGCCCCCUCAUACUCACACCUCCCUGUACAGCCAAGCCCCCAUGGGAGUGGCUCCUCCUCAGGCCGUACCCACCCAACUCACUGCUGUUCCUGGACAGCUGUCGGCCGCACCACAGAGUCUGGGAGUGGGAGUACCCCCCCAGUUACCCCCACAGCACCACCACCAUGCCCACCAACAACCGACGCCUCCUCUGGUUACCCCCUUCCCUGCUCAUACUCACCUGCAUCAACUUCAUCAUUUACAUGCCAGCAGCGGGAGUGGCGGAGGAGCACGGGGAGCAAGUGUUGACAUGUUGGGCCGUGGCCUUUACCGAGGACCAGGACAAGGCCAUGUCCUGGGCCGCAUGAGAGGACCACGAGGAAGCAGUGGGAGCAGUUUGGGAAGCACCAGACGCAGUAGUUCCAGCUGGCGAGGGAAUACCAUGCCCCCAGCAGCCCCCCCACCUCCACCCCCUCCUCCACUUCCCAGUGCUGCUGCUGCGGCGGCUACUUACCCUGGCAUUCUCUUACAUUUCUUGGCAAUGUUGUCGCAUCCAUCACUACACCAGUACAGUAUGGUAGACCCAGUGCCAGCAGAAGCCCCCGACACGGAGAACUACGAGGCUUUACUACAUCUGGCAGAGAGGCUGGGUGAGGCCAAACCCAGAGGCCUUUUGAAAACAGUGAUUGACCAACUCCCGUCCUAUAGGUAUACAGGGGAGAAGUCUGACACUAAACAAACCACAUGUGUGAUUUGCAUGUGUGACUUCGAGCUUCGGCAGAUGUUACGAGUAUUACCGUGUCUCCAUGAGUUCCACACCAAAUGUGUCGACAAGUGGCUCAAGUCUAACCGGACUUGUCCUAUUUGCCGUGGAGAUGCCAGCGAAUUUCUUAAAGAGGCCACCAGUGCUGAGUGAAGCAGGAUGAAAAUAAAGAGAAACAAAAAAACAGAGAGAAAGAUAGUUAGAAAAAAAAGAAAAGAAAAUCCAACUCCAUCGGAAAAACUACAGAAAACACACAAAGAGGAAGAGGACGUGCUGAGUAACGGUGAGUCUCAGUCCAUCGUGGAGUUGCUUGCUUCACAGAUCCAUCCCCAAGCAGCAGGAGGCAUAUGUGCAGUGGGUGCCUGGUUGCCAGAAGGAGGCUUGCCAUGGCCCAGUGCCUCCAGGAAGAGAAUUUUUUCUCAACUCCAUUCUUGCACUUUAGAGAGAGGUAUAUACCGGGAGCUUCAUCAAAGGAGAUUAAAAAAGCCUGGCUAUCAGGAAUCUUUUAUCAAAAGAAAUCAUAAAAAAAGAGUUUAAAAAUCUAUGCACAUCUUUUGGAGGUAUGAAUGUGGGCACAGAAUGAGAGAGAGAGAGUUACCAGCAUUACUACAGGUGUUUGGAUACUGUAUUUUAAGAUUAUGUCUGAGGGAGAGAGAAAGAAGGAAAAAAAUACAAGGAGAGUUUUGUUGUUUAAGGCCAAUUCAAGUUGCACUUCAAGAGUACUGCGGUGGAGGAUUUUAGGCUAACUGCAAGGGUGUGAAGAAGCUAGUACGCUUUCGAGCAAUUAGAAAAAAAAAAAAACAACUCCCAAACAUUCACUUUAAUGCCAGUCUCUACUGAGUUGAAAAUUCCCCUCCCCCCCCAAAGCCAGAUGCGCGCACACGUGGCAACGUCAACGCGCGCAUCUCCGAUUGUUGAGAGGACAGUCGUUAGCGUUCCCUUGUUGUUCUGUCCGAGGCUUUGUUCGUCUAGGGCUCCGCGGGAGUUUCUGUUGUUAGCUGUCCAUUUUCUGUGUUUGCCUUCAUGUGAAGAGGCUGUGUCUGCAACAUUAGUCCUUGACCCAUGGUGUCUUAGAUUUUGCCAGGGAGUUUUUUCUCAUUUUUGUGUUGUGCAUGAAAACAUAAUGGAUAUAAUGUUUUUUCUUAGACCCAUAUUGUUGUGCUAUGCAGUAUAUAAUAAUCCCUCUUGAUGAGGCUUAUUUCUUACUGGCAGAGAAAGUAGGAUAACGUGUGAUAUUGUGGUCAAAAAGCUUAAUCAACUCCAAGAAAACAGGCGAAAACAAAAUAAAAAAUGACAAAAAAAUAUACUUAUAUAUAUAAAGAUGCAAGCAAUUCUGUUGUCGUUAUCCAGUUUGGCAUAUGUGGAACACCACUGUAACUUGACUGCAUGUUUAUUCAGCAUUAGAUUUUCAGGAUUGAUGUUCAUAGCUUGAAAUUUGAAGUUCAUGCUCAGAAAUCGUUACUGAUCAGUGUCGUAAAUCUAAGUGGUUUCUUGGAUAAUCCUAAUACCUAUAGUAUGUUGCUGAAUACUUAGUGAUGGUUCAUCGACAAUGUUAUCACCAGUACGUCCAGUAGGAUAGUUUUGACCAGUAGUGAUAAAACUCCCCAUAAUGUGUCCAGAGCUAUCUAGUACCUCCCUACAAUGUAUUUAUUUUAGAGGAAUAAAUACAAGUUUUUCCAAUGGAUUUGUCCCUUUAAAGUUACAAUUGAAACACAAGUUUUAAACAGUCACCCCAGUUGAUUUCAAGUAAAAGAAAAUAAAGUUUUUUUUUUAUGGAAAGCACUGGCUGUUUUCCGUAGGUCUGCAGUUGGUUUAGAAUUAUCCCGUGUGUGUACGAUCACACAAUCUUCAGAAACCACUUGAGACUCAGUGAAAAUUGUUUUUGUUUUUAAUCAGAUUGGGAAUACCAUGUGUUAUCUCAUUAUACCUUGGACUUUGGACUGCUGGCUUUAUUGCUGGGAUGGAUAAUCACAAAUAUAGUUAAAGCUUCUUUUUGUUUUCUUUCUUUCCUCUUUUUCUUUUCUGCUUCAUACGAAAGUUCCAGUUUUUGAUUAGGUAUAGGGUUCAGUAUGGCUUUUUUUACUUUCAUUUUAAUGUGAUAUCAAAGCUAUUGUUGUUGUUACUUUUUUCUCUUCACUUGUGCUAAGGUAGUGAAGAAUUUCACUAAAGUAUUUUUCUCUCAGCAUGUAAUGUAGUGUACAUUUUGAGUACUUCUGUCCAGCCUUACCUUGUACCAGUCGUUUGUCCAAUUCGUCAGUGCAACGUACCUCACAGCUGAAAUUCUUGGGUCACGACCUUUCUUCCGUACUCUGACCAUCAUUGUUUCCUUUGUCUACGGUGUUCAUUUAGGGAGGCUAAGUAGUUACAUAUCCAAGGUGUUUCACAUCUGAAAUCAAGUUUUUUAUAGGAAGAUGUAAGAUAUUCAGGCAGUCAUAUUUGUGAUAAUCCUUGUUUAAGCAUCCAUUUUCUAUCACGAUUCCACACUCCGUUUCCACGUUCCACUGCCUUCCUCGUAUUCACCACAAAUGCUUCCACCUCACACAGUGAACUAUGCUGGACAGACGACACUCAGUCACAGUGUAAAGGGGUCAGCUUGCCAUAUCUCAUGUUAUUUUUUUGGUCCUGAAUACUACGACACGUGAUGGGUUGUUAGUAUCUUUUUUGAUGAAGGCGAGAUGCAUAUUGAUGAGGGUUGGCCCCCGUGCACCAGAACCACAGGACUUAGUCAUUCUCAUAAUUUUUUGAUUUCUCUUUUUUUUUUUUUCCCCUCUUUCUUCCUUUCUUUCAUUCAUUCCUUUAGGCUGCAGUGUUUCUUAAUACGUGAUGUAAGGCUUCGUCUAUUGGUAGCUUGGAUACUAUUUUUAAACUAGUGAAAGUGCUAAGGAAUGUGGUUUGCUUGUUGAGCUGUUCGUCUCCAGCAUAAGUGUAUGUUCACUCAGUGUGUUUUGUACAACCAUGUGCCUCAUUAUUUAGUGUAAUUAGCAGCAUCUCUCACAUGUUGGAAUUCAGAUGGUGCUUGUACCACUGUAGAUAUAAUUAUGGAAGGAAAAAAGGAUAGAUAACUUGCACCAGUGAAAAUGCAAGCUUGAAGCAUCAAGUGCAAGGUGUGAAAUUAGACAUUAAGGAGAAUAAUUACAGUUGAUGACUUCUGUUGCCAAUAAUAACUGGUCUCUUCAGACAAAUAUUUUUUUCUUUCUCUCUUUUUUAAGUAAUUUUUUAAAGAUGUUUCUCUUCAGAGAAAUGGCAACUGUUUAUUUUCCAGACGUGUUUGAAGUUCUCUUUCAUGUGAGAGGAUGCUGCAACCAUCAGUGUUGGUGCCCCUCCUUGCCGUGUGUAGAGUCAGUCAUUUUGGGCCAGGUGUAGAGCUUGCUUCCUAUUGCAUGAUAUUUCCAUGAAUCAUGAAACAUUAGGGCUCAGGGUACCAGAGAUUUGAUUGCCGUCAUGUUUGCAUGAUACGUUGAGGUUUUACCUGUCUGUGAGGUCUCUUCCUUUCUCAAAAGGAGUUAUGAUCUCAGCCAGUCUCCCGGUGGAUCAGAAAGCGUUAUCAUUGUGCAUCAGACUGCCCAAAUCUUGUAUCAGUUGAAGGGCUGCCUAAGAGUUGGAUAUCUGUGUGUUUUUUGGUGUCUAAUUGUGCAAGAUCUGCUAAUCAGCUUUUGGAGGAGUCUGAUCUUGACCCAGCGAGAUUUUUGCAACUCAUUGGAAGGAAUCCCUGUAUUGUAAGGGAGGUCCAGCUUCAGCCCAAAAUAUAUGGAAGAUUAACUUGACUUGUCCUUCAUAUCGUAUGUGUAUUGGCUUGAAGUGUAGAUGCCUUGAGCUGCUCAUGUGUAGUUCUCCCUCCUUCCUGUCAAGCUGGCCUUUUAUACAUGUUUUUUCUUCAUAGGCACAAUACUAUAAAUGGCUCAUUUUUAUCCUGUCUUGGCCCUCUGUAUCUAGGUAGUGUUCAACUCCCCCCCUCCCCCUUUCCCCCCCAUUUACCUAACUCUGUGGCAAGCUCGACAGUUUUGCCCUGUUACUUCCACAUUUCCCUAUCCUCAUCUUUUAAGUGAUAGAAAGCAAUACAUCUCUAGUUUUUAGCCUGAAGAGAAAGAAAUAUCUCUAUUAAUGUAGUUUUUUAUCAUCACUGGAGGGUUUCUAGAUUUUUACUUUCAAUCUACCAUUGUGCGGUGCUCCCUAACCUUGCCUAAUAGGUGAAUUUUUUUUUCUUUACUUUUUUAGUGUCGUAAUUAUACAUUUUAUGCAUCAAGUUGAAAAUUUGUAUUCCAGAGUGUAUUGUAACUCAAUGAUAUUUCCAUCAUAUCAUGCCCAUAGUCUGCAUCUUUUCUCCUUGUCUCACCAUUCCACAGUAUUCUUCUGGGUUAGUAUGUAAUUCAAAGUCCUGGUGACAUAGCACAAUAUCUGUAAGAAGUUCCCCUAUUAGGCAUAUCGAGGGAGGCCACUGUGUGUAUAAAGUAUUGUAUUUUGGCUUGAUGUUCAAAGCUCACGGUAUUCUACUAUAUAUAUACUACCUCAGCCUUAAACAUGCUAAGCACAAUAUUCGUAAGUUGGACAUAGUUCUUGAUAAUAUCAGAACUUAACAAACAGGUUAAAAGAAAAAAAAAAAGAAAAAAAAAGUUUUACAAAACCAA